CCAAAUAUAGCCCGCCUCGUCAUGACCACUACCAUGGUCGCCGUAGCCCCAGGCAACAUGGAACUGGUACAGCAGAUUCACGACAAGUAUUUCAGUCGCAUGCAAAACGACGUUACAUGUCAAUCCUUGUCAAGGUACGCUCAAGUCCUGUUGAUGAGCAACCGAGCAGACGAAGCCGGCGCGUUCUUUGAAGCGUCGAUGGCGCAGUGUCCGCACCACCUCGACGACGCAUUUGUCCUGCGCGACCACGACGAGUGUGUGAACACUCUGGCGCAUUACGCGUUCUUCGUUGAGCAUCACCGCCACAACUGGGUCCAAGCCAAACGCAUUUACGAACGCAUUUUGGCCAACCACCCGACCCACCCCCACGCCCUCGGAAACUACGCCAUGCUUGUGCACAAAAUGAACAGCGCCACCAAGGCACACGAGACCAACAACGCCGUGGUUCACCAUGCGUACAACGUCGCGAUUCGCGAGUUCCCGGCCCAUGGUAGUGUCUUGUGUAAGUAUGCCGGGCUGCUCGUGCAGGAGAACAACGUGGCGCUGGCCGAAACGUACUACACCCAAGCGGCCAGCACCAGCCCCACGAGCCCAGACAUUCUCGGGAACUAUGCCAUGUUCUUGCACGCGAUCAAGCAAGACCACCCGGCGGCCGAAGAAAUGUACAUUGCCGCCAUUCAGUUGGAUCCACUCCACGCCAACAACUUGGGCAAUUACGCCUUCUUCCUCGGGUCUGUAUGCCACAACCCCCAGGACGCGGAAGUCUUCUACAAGCGGUCGUUAACAUGCAACCGCCACCAUGCCACCAAUUGGUUCAACUAUGGGAUGCUGUUGUGGAGGGAGCUCAAGCACACUGACAAUGCGGAGCAGUGUUUUCAACAUGCGUUGGCCCUCCAACCCCACCACGCCCCCGCAGCGUUAAACUACGCCCGAAUGCUCGAUGCGGAGUGCGGCCACGCGGCGCUGGCCGACGCGUAUUUUGCGCAAGCCAUCGACGCCGACGAUCAAAACAGCGACGCGUACUUGGACUAUGCCAGCUUUCUCUUUCGCGAACAUAGACCCCUCGAGGCGGAGCGGAUGUACCAAACAGCGCACGCCCUCGCGCCCUCCAACACCAACGCCACGUACAACUUGGCCAAGGUGCUGCUCCUGCACAUGGAAAGCCCGAGCUACGACAUCAACCGAAGUGCCACCGAUACUAGUCAAGUCGAAGUGUUGUUUCAAGACCUGAUACGACUGUGCCCUUGCAAGACGACGCUCGUGGCAGACAUCGCCACCCACUUGGCGAAACACCAGUGCUGCGCGCCGUCCGACGUGUUCGACAAGGCGUUUGCCGUCGCGGCGCUAACAGUCAAAGUGUCGGUAGCCAAGGGGCUGUUUCAUCAAGUCAUGGAGCAUCACGCCGCCAAAGCCGAAGCAUGCUACAAACGAGCUAUCUUUCUCGACAAGACGGACGUGGACGCUGUGACAGUGUAUGCCAAGUUUCUCGUCAAAGUCAAGAAAGAUCGAAAAGCAGCCGACUCGCUCGUUCGCAAAGCCAUCGCGGCCAUCGAUGCCGCCGCAGCCAAAGGCGACGGCGGCGAUGUUCGAGUCGAACUCAGGGCCAAAUUGCUAACGUUGCUGCGACAGGAGUAAGAAUAGGUGUCUGGCUCCGUUGGAUGGAUACUGAAACCACAUAAUAUGUAUUGCCUGCCUGCGCUACACUUGGCCAAAAGUAUGGCGUAGUAAAAAAUACAUUCAAGUUCGAACUUGUGGAAUCAAAUCAUCCAAGCAGCCCCCCGACGACCGCGCGACGUGUACGAAGUUGGCGACGCCUCCCCCAGACCAUCUACCGCCCCACACCUGGUUACCCUCCUCUACUACGUAUACCUCGGCCUGGAUCUCGCCUUUGAGCCGGCCGAUUCCCCAGGCCAAUUCACAUCUAUUAUAGUGUAGCGUUUUCUAAGUUACUAGUAUCAGUAAUACAUCUCCCCCAAAUAAACAA